GAAUUUCAUCACCACCACAUUCGUUACCAUCGAUUUGAAUCAACAAGUACAUUUGUUCAUUGUCUGGAGCGACGGAGCGGCGUUUGUCGCGAGGAUACCUCUAAGAUUCGCUUUCCCAUCUCCCCGGAUCGUAUCGAGAAUUCCGAGGUUGUCGGGGGUUGUGGUCAGGAGUCAAGAUGGCUGAACGUGCGAAAUACCGGCAGGAGAUUCAGCAGGUAAGCAUACAAAGUGUUUUCUUUUCGCCCCAUCAGAUGUCCGUGGUGCCUUUUCCAAGUCUUCAUUCGCACAAAGGGAUAUUGUCAGCUCGAUGGAGUGUUGCGGGCGAUGUUCUUGGGAGAAAUUUCAAAUCAGAAAGACCCGAGUGCAACUCGCAAGGUGAUGGAUGAAGCCGGUGAGCCAGAUGGCGUUUUUACCGACACCCGCCGCGCGGUCAUCUCAAAAAGCGUAGCCGGUGAGCUUGUCGCAACCGCGUUGCCACGGUACAAAGAGUGACAAGCCAACUUUGGUUGUGUGAGACGCGACAAUCCAGAUUGACACUCGUGUCAAACUUGCUCUCCUUUGUCACGAACAACAAUACGACAAUGGAUAGCGACACCAUGAGCGAACUUUCAGCCCCUGCCUCCCCUGUCUUGGAUCAUCCGCCUGAUCACGACGAGAAUGACACUGAGACCAUGGGAGAGUACAAGCAGAGACUGAUUCAUUGGAUUGAACAGAUGAUGUUUGUGAGUGGAGAGACUGCCGAACCCAGCGCUGAGACAACAUGGAUGAUCGAAGAGAUUGUCAGAGAGCAAGUUGUUGAGAUGCUCACUCAAGCCACCGGCCUCGCCAAUCGACGUGGCUCCAAGACAAUCUCCAUCAUCGACCUGAUCUUCCAGAUUCGUCACGACCGAGCAAAGGUCUCCCGACUCAAGACUUUCCUCUCCUGGAAAGACGUGCGCAAGAACGUCAAGGAUUCCGAUGACAAAGGUGGCGGUGACGGUGCUGAUGACUUUGACGAGGCUGCCGGCGGUGUCAACCCUUCUGCUCCUCAAAAGACCACUGCCAACAAGAAGGCUCGAUUGGUUCUGCCUUGGGAAGUCCAGUCCUUCUACGCCGAGCAGGUUCCCGAACGUGAGGAUGAAGAAGACGAGGAAGAAGAGGAGCAAAACGAGGCUACCCUCGCACGACUUGCUUCUGCUGACGAGCGCACGAAGAACAUGACCAAGGAGGAGUACGUGUACUGGUCUGACUGCCGUCAAGCUAGCUUCACCUUCCGCAAGGGAAAGAGAUUCCGAGAGUGGGCCGGAUUUGGCACCGUCAUCGAUAGCAAACCGAACGACGACGUUGUUGAUGUUCUCGGUUUCCUGACCUUCGAGGUCGUCCAGACACUCACCGAGGAGGCACUCAAGGUCAAGGCUAUAGAAGACCAGGCAAACAAGAAGGCGAAUGGCGGUCGUGGAGACCAGGAAGCUCUUAAGAAGAGAAAGCGAGCCGGCUGCAGCCUAUUCGAGAUGCCCGAGGAAGGUCGCACGCCGGUCGAGCCGAAGCAUGUCAGAGAGGCUUUCCGUCGUCUUCAAGUGAUUCCAAACCGUUACAAGUUCAUGCGACGCGGGUAUGCCGGCAUGAGGACUCCCUUGAGACUGAUCUGAGGACGGUCAGCGUGAAUGUUGAUAUGAUUAUGAGUUGUCAAGGUUUAACAUGGGCAUAUCGUUACGAUUGCGAUUGCGCAUGUAACGGGAGUUUGACGGUACGAGGACUCAAUUGUGACUGAUCUGGCGUGGUCAGCACAUUUGUCGACAGGCGUUUAAGGAGGCGUCAAGGAUCGGUGUUGUUUAAAUUGCGGCGAAGAUUCUUUUUCAAAAGAUACCCUGUGUGAUUAUGAGAAACCCGGAAUGAUUCUAGAACUAUGAGUUUCAAGAACAAUGCAAAACCCAUUCAAACUUC